AGAUUUUGCAGCGCGCAAAGAUCAAUCCCGUCCACUAGAGGACCGAUCGUCACAGAAAGCAUAGCCCUUUCCAACGCUUCGGAAGAGUGAGAGAAGGGAGAGAAGGGGCAGGAAAGACGCAGGAAGGAACUGUAAACCUCCCAUCUUUUUUCUAUCCUGUUGGGUCAACAGAAGGCCCUCGCGCCCCUGUCCAAAGUAUUUCUUUCAUCUGUUAUUUUUUUUCUCACCCGUCCUUUCCUUUCCUCGUUCCCUGCUUUCCCUUCUUUUUCCUUUCGCGUCCAACAAGCUCCCGCAUAUAUCACUGUUAUUCACCCCCCCUCCCGAUCACGGGCUACGUCUUGGAAGGAAGAAAGGAAGAAAAAAAUCCAACCGUCCUUUUCCUCCCACUCACUCACUCAUUCAGCCCUUCGCUCUUUUUUAUUUUAUUUUUACCGUUAGUACGUACCGGUACUGUACCCACCGGCCGAACAUACCCUCGUUGACCCUCUUCUUGUCUUCCCCCCCGCUCCUUCUCUUUGCCUUUCCCCUUUCCCGCUGUGUUCUUGCUCUCCUUACAACUGAACCUUCACAUCUUCCCUGCGCGCCACUGCAGAUAUCACAUUUAUCACUCUCUUUUGCCCUCCAACCCUCCCGCCCUCCCCCCUAGCCCCCUAAAGAGGCAGGCAGAAUAUUAUAAUUCCAAUACUUAGGACCUAAAUCGGUCUCCGUUCUUAAACCUACGAUGGCCCAAAGACCUUACUCGACACUUCACUCCCCCGACGACGUGCACAGGUUUAAUCAAGCGCAGGCCUCACAGUACAGUCUGCACACACCCACAGACGUAGUAUCCCCGCAUUCGUUCCGUACAUCGCCGCCGUCACCGCGGCAGCAGCAGCAGUCGCAUCAUCCAUACACAAUGGAUGCAACGGGGUACCAAUUAGCGGACUAUCCAUCUCAACCGCAGCAGCAGCAGCAGCAGCAACAGCAAUCAGAUCCUCGUUUGCAACAUCAACAGCAGCAGCAACAACCAUACGUGAUAUCCCCCACAACACCUACGAGUCCGCAUUUUAGCUCCCCACCGUCCACUUUCGAAAACAAAUACGCGGACCCGCGAACACACGCAUCACCACCGACCUCACCAACCUUUGCUCCCCCGCCAACCUCAGAGUCUUCACACCCAGUGCCCACAACCAUUGGUGGCUCCCUCCCGGUACCCCCGGAGCCGAUACAAGCCCCUACGUACAACCCCUCGCACGACACCCCGCACACACCGAAAACCCCAGUAUACACCCCGGGCGGCGGCAGCGGACCGAACGGGGGCGUCCAUGCGCCUGGACAAAUCGGCCAUCCGAACCAGCAGCACGGCCGGGAGGAAUACCACCAUGGCCUCUGCGACUGCUUCAGUGACUUUUCAACUUGCUGCGUCGGUUACUGGUGCCCCUGCAUCCUCUACUCCCGCACUAACCAUCGGUUAAAAACAAGUCCGAAUUCAAACCUGAACGACUUUCACAAUUGCAACGGGCAUUGCAUAACCUUUUGCGUGCUUGGUCCGAUUUCUUGGAUCUUUACAACCCUGCAGCGAACGCGCAUCCGCGAAAAGUACCGACUGGAGGGCUCGCUAGCCAGCGACUGCGGAAAGGCAUAUUGCUGCGUCAUGUGCACGCUAGUCCAAGACGAGCGGGAAGUGCGCGACCGUGAGGACGAGAGGAGGAGGUUCGCCGGGCCCGGGAGCGGUGUUGUGGGGGAUGGGGGGUACAGGAGGCAGGAGACUAUGGUUUAUGGGAGCAGUUAAUUGGUGAGGGGAGGAGGAGGUUGCUUAUUCCCUUCUUUUAUUUUAAAUUUCUUUUUAUUUUUUAAAUUUUUUCCCAGGGGUUUGCAUUUGUAAUGGGGUAUUUAGUGCUGUAUUGUGUUUUUUUAGCGUCUCUUUCUCAGCUCUCUCGAUUGGUUUUGGUCUCUCCUUCCUUUUCUUUCUUCCUUUUCUUCUCCCUUUACUACUUGGUCCUUUUCUUCUCAGUCUUUAUAUACUCCACGAAUUGAUCGGUGGGUGGGUGGGUACAGUACUACGGUAUAAAUUGGAAUCUAAUGUAUUUAUUCACGCCAAGUUUUGGAAGAGAAGAAGGAUGAACGAAUGAGAUAUAUUACGAUUCACAAUUA